UCUGAGAUUCGUGGUUCGUUUUGAAAUUUCUAGUCAACACCUUUGAAUCCAGCUGUUCCUGGUUCACUUUCACUGACUGGAACGUUGAGACUCGAGAUUCGAGAUCGCCUCUGCCUUCAUCGCUCCUUCUUCGAACAUCAGCCACUGAAUAGGUCAAGACUACAAAGCGACACCUCUCGCACUCAUCACUUCAACCAUACAAUCACAUUCGUUCCCAAGAUCGGUCUGCGACUUGAGGUCCACUGCGAUACCUCCCCCAUCGAUCAAGCAACCGACCAAAGAAUAAUCGCAUCGAUUACCUCCAUCUGCCAACCGAAGGGCAAUGCUCUCGUUCCUUCGAUCACCUAAACAGCCACAACAAGUCUCAACCCACACCAUGCGCCACGCAACAACAUUCCCAAAAUUCUCCCUCCUUCCAGCUGAACUCCGCCUCAUGAUCUGGGAGUUCGCCAUCCCCGAGCCACGAGUCAUCCGCUACACUUCACGCACAUACCACGAAUACAUUAGGUGGUACCACACCAGCAUCUACCGGCUCGAACACACGAUCCCGGGUAUCCUUCACGCGUGCUACGAUUCACGAAUAGAAGCGCUCAAACGGUUCAAAGUCGCCUUAUUAGUCGAUCUCUCGAGACCCGUCUACUUCGACUUCGAACGGGAUACACUGGAAUUUGGAGAUUUUGAAGCUCUCGAAGCAUUCUCGAAACUCAAUACGAAGUUUAAUGGAAGUACACUGGAAGCAGAUCGCAUACGCACACUGGCUAUUACCCUCGAGCAGCGCAUGCAACCACAUCACUUCAAGCUGAUAUGCAGCAACUUUGGGGAGCUGGAGGAACUGAAGGUUAGAGAAAAGAGUUCGAGGAUAGAGUAUUAUUGGUGGAGCGGGAGCACGGGCAGCCCGGGGAGGUGGAUCCCGGAUAUUAAGCCCUUGAAGGUCAUUGAGAGGAAGGAGAUUGAGACGUACCCUCCACUCAUGGGACUGCUUGCCACAAUACGGUGGAAUAUUGAGGCGAGGGCGGGGCAGGUGAAGGAAUGGAAACCGCCGAGGGUGGUCGUGGGGUCGGAGAAACAGUGGGAACUUGCGUUGGAGAAUGUAAAAGAAUAUCAGGAGUUGGAUGAGAUGGAAGUGGAUGAAGAGAGUGGGAAGUGAGAUUGUUUCUUGGAACGAGAAAAGCAAGCGAGCCCUUUUAUUUCGAUAC